UACCUACAAAUGAAAGGCAACAGAGAGAUGGUUUAUGACUGCACCAGCUCUUCCUUUGAUGGAAUCAUUGCAAUGAUGAGUCCAGAGGACAGCUGGGUCUCCAAGUGGCAGCGAGUCAGUAACUUUAAGCCAGGUGUAUAUGCUGUAUCCGUCACUGGUCGCCUGCCCCAAGGAAUCGUGCGGGAGCUGAAAAGUCGAGGAGUGGCCUACAAAUCCAGAGAUACAGCAAUAAAGACCUAGCCUGGUGCAGGCCAUAGCAUCUUGUUCUUUACUUCUGUACUUGUUUUCUUGUGGAACUAAACAGGUGGGACCCCAAAGACUUCCUGCCCUCCACCUCAGAAUCAGCAGACUCCAUGAAAGCAGCACAUCCGGCCUUGAGUCAUCUCACUUUCUCUGACCACUGGUGAAGUGGGAGUGUCUGGGUGGAUUCUCAGAGGCUGUAUCAAGAGAGUAAGAUGCCGAUUUCCCAUCUCUGUUCAGGGUUUUGCCUUUGCCCAUGGGCAGGACGUUGGCUCAAAUAUCAAUAAAAUGAACCUUUGGAAUAUA